GGGCAACAGAGCGAGACUCCACCUCAAAAAAAAAAAGUGAAGUAAAUUUAUAAAUUUGAAGAUAUCUCCAAGUGUGCUCUUGGAAGAAAGAAUGCUUUUAUAAUAUUUUGGUAACUACAUAGGUGCUCUUCAUUCCGAUGUAUCCAUGUGUGAAUAAAUAAAUGGCUAGAGUAAUAGAAAUCAAGGCAUUAUUGUUUGAUUUCAACAAACAUUCAUUUACUGUGUAUUCAGACACUGGGUUAAGAACUGGGGAUAUAGUAUAAAACAUGAUUUCUACCCUCAGACUGCUCAUAGUCUAGUCAUAGUUAUGCAGAACAGUAACUCCAACCGUUAUGUACCAUGGAUUAGUGCUAAGGUAAAGUAUGCUCACAGAUAAGGGGUACCUAAACCAGAUGUGGGAGCAAGUAGGGUCAGGAAAGGCUUUCUGGAGUAGGGGAUUUCUGAAGUAAGCCUUGAAGGAUGAAUAACCCAUAUAGUCGGCCAUGUUCAAGGGAAGAAGAAUAGAAACAUGGUGUUCAGAAGAGAUGUAUGGGCUCAAAAAUAGAAAUGUGGGAGCCGUCAGGGUAAACUGCUGGUAACUGAAGUGAUAGAAUGAGUUGGAACACCUUGAGCAAGUGUGGUCAGCAAUGUUAACUUCUUUGAGGUUUGGACCCUUUUGAGAAUCUGAUAAAUACUUACAGAUCCUCUCUGCAUGGAAAUGCAUAUAAGAAAAAUUUCCACUGGGGUGCCUGUGUUAGGAACCAUGCACUUUGGGUUAAGAACCUCUGGUGUGCAGUAAAAAGAGAUCUGAGGAUGACACCUUGCAAGUAACAACAACAAUUGAGAGGAUGGUAGAGGAAGAAGAGUACGAUGGGGAAGAGGGUGAACAGGGAAAGAGGAAAGUUAAGAAAGACUGGUAUCAUUUUAAGUUAAGAGUGAGAGUUUCCCAAAGGAGGGAAUGCCAAAUACCACAGACAAAUCAAAGAAGACAUAAAAUGUCCAUUGAAUUUGGCCAUGAUUUGGAAGUCUUCAGUCACUUCAGUAAGGUAAAUUUCAAUUGAGUAGUAUGGAGGAAAGGAAGCUGGGGUUCUGGAGAUUGGAUGAAACACUGAGGAAACAAUCAAAGAGUUGAGACUACAGGGAGAAGUACCUCUUUCCUUCAUUUGUUUAUUUAAUAAAUAUUUCUUGAGUACUUACCAUGUCCCAGACAGUGUGCUGGAAGCUGGGGAUUUGUCCAUGGAGAAGGCAGGGCCUCCUUCAUUAGCUGACAUCUCAUUGUGCCCACCCUGUUCCAAAGCUUUCCAGCCCCUGCCUGUCUCUGUCCUCCCAAACACACAUACAGGAAAUGUCCUAAAAUGAUUUUCUCCUUGGUACAUUACCGGGCACAUUCAGCCACCAGGGGACUCCAGUUUUGCUGGGUCAGACCCAGGCUGCUCAAUUGCUCUUCUCUCUCUUGGACACCAGGGAGCAAAUUGUCCUCUAUAAUACUAGGGACACACUUCAAAAUAUCAUUGUGCCAGUCAGACCUCACUAUGAGCCUGUCAUUCAGUGAGUUUAUAAAAAUCAUUGUAACAUUUUUUUUAAGCUUGUACCAAUUCUUUCCUGUAAUAAAUUUUUAAGCCUAUUUGCACUGUGAAAUAUUGGUUCUAAAUGUAGAAAAGUAGCAUGAAUUCCUGGCCUGAGGAAACCUUUAUCCUAGUCUUGGACUUUUUGCAUGUGGGGACCCCUCAUUUGCCCUUUUCUUUAAAAACAAAAUAAAACAAAACAAAAAAAACUCCUUGGGGCGUUGUCUCUUUCCAAGAUGUAUGGAGUCUGCAGUCACACCUAAGUGUCAAGGUAGCUGCUGCUUUUCAAAGGAUGGGGGCGGGGGACACUGUGGGGGAGAUGCUAUCUUCUUGGUGCCCCGGGCUUUUUGUCAAGAAUAGUGUAAUAAACCAGAGGAUUCAGAGAAUGAUAUACAGUGAUUCUGAGGUUUAUUUCAGUUAUUAGAACUGAAAACACAAUUAUCCCAUUAGUAUGAUUCAGGAUUUUUUCCAAAAAUACACUGGGUUGCUCUUGCUUCCAGUGAAACUCACCUGCCCAUUUUCUGCUUACUCACUUUGUCUUUAGGAAAAUUUGACUGCUUUUUAUCUCCUUCUGAUUGGCUUUUCAGUUGCAAAUUCAGAGAGUACUAUAUAUUCUGUGUUCCAGGUCACUUCUAAAAAGUGUUAAAUAAGAACAGGCCUAGUACUUAUCUAUAUUACUUUACUCAGCAUUUUUCCUAAUAUUUGAAUAUCUCAUUCUUUUUAAAAUUAUUACUAUGGAUUAUGCCACAAGUAUACAGAUAUCUGUAAAAUGCACAGAAAAGAGCCUGACAUACUAUGUUACAUCAGUUUCUCCAGGUUCCACAGAUGGUCCUGUAUUUCCUGUAUUCCUUUCAGAAUUGUUAAAAUGAUAAUUAAUUUAGGAACGGGUGUAAUGAUGUUGUAUUGGCAGUGUGCCAGCCAACGGUGUUAUACAACACAUUUUUUUAAUUUAAAAAUUUUAAAAAUUUAAUUCACAAUAGAGAUAGGGUUUCUCCACAUUGCCUUGGCUGGUCUUGAGCUUCUGGGCCCAAGAAAUCCGCCAGCCUUAACCUCCCAAAGUGCUGGGAUUACAGGUGUGUGACACUGCGCCUGGCCAAUACAGAACAUUUUUAAAAGCCUAGUUCUGCAUGUUGCCAAACAAUCCUUAUGGAGACAGCAAAAAACUAUGUAUUCUCAGUGUGAUUUGUUAUUUUGAAUUUAGAUUUCUGUAGAUGUUUAUUUUUUAAAUGGAGAGCUUGUGAUGUUAGCCGUGGGCUUGUAAAAAAUAAAAAUAGAUAAAAAUUAAAAAUGGGAAGCUUAAUUUUGGAAUUAAUCUUUUUAACCUUUGGGUAGUCUUUUAGAAAGUAUAUCCUAAAAAUACAUAGCAUAACUAAAAUAUCUCAUAAAUCCUUUAGAAUGAGCUUCUAUUUAUUAGAAUGCUGUAAAAAAUUAGAAAAUCUUAAUUUUAUGAGACAACUGAUAAACUCAUAAUUUUAUAAAUUGUUUUAUUUGAAUGUGUGAUAAUAUAAAAUAGGGAAAUUAUGAAGUUUAUAUUCAGAGGUUAAAGAUUUUUCCAAGAUCACUAGUAAAGGGCAGAAUUAGACCAACUUCGGGACUGAACCACAUCUUUGAGGCAUUUUUUAAUUAUAUUAUUUUAAUAAGAGAACUUUAAAAAACUCUUAUUGUCAGUAUUCUCCUAAACCUGUAUCUACAGCACUGUAUAACAAUUACUAUUUACAAUAAUGACACAAAUUUCUGGGGUAUAUAUAAGAAAGGAUUUAUCUUUUUCAAUAAAGGCUGAAACGUAGAAGGCUGGAGAAAACAAAAGGUGAAUUUUCAGUUAACCAAAAUUUUUAUUGAAGCUGGAAGCCUUAAGGAAAUUUGCAUGCACCUUUGUGUAUCCCUUAAGUUUCUUAAGCAGUCAUAUUUGUAGACACCUUUUUCAGAGUCUCCAAGUAUUUUUUAUAGUAAGAAAAAAAUCAUUUAAAUUACCUCUCAUUACCUCUGUCCUCUCUUUUAGUCCUUUGCUCUCACUAGGCUGGUUUGGUCUUCCAGGACAAGCAAGUUCUUGCAUAUUCCUGUUCCUUGAAAAACCUUCCAGUUAGUGGUCAUGUAAUAGCUUUUCACUUCUUCACAUCUUUCUUGUUAAAUCCACUGCAUCUAUAAACUGUACAUCAGUAAAAAUGUUUUAUUAAUAUUAAAAAUAAUUUUGUUUCAUUUCUUAUUUAUUAGACAUUCAUGGCUGGAAUCUCUUAAAUCUGUAUUAACUAUAGUAAGCUGCUAUGAAUGCUUCCAGUGCUAUAUAAUUAAUUCCAUCAUCGCAUCCUUAAAAUAUGCCAGCACAUGGCGUUUGCCCCUCCCUCUUUCUCCCUCCCUCCUCCCCCUACACACACACACACACACGCACACACGCACACACGCGUGCGCACAGCGCACACUAAACUGCCAUUCUCCAGCAAGCCUGCUUCUGGAGUUGGGAGAUGUCAGCCUGCUGGGAGGGGGUGGGGGGAGGAGGAAGAGGUGGGGCUCUACUCUGAUUAAUUACCUUAGGCAUUCAGGGGUGGGGCUUCCUUCAGCCAUCUGCCUGAGAUAUGGGAGGGAGCUGGAGAAAGAAGGAGGGGGAGAGACUGCCAGAGAGGAAGAGAAAAGAAAGGAAGAAACAUUAGAAAGAAAAAGGAAGGAAAACGGUAUAAAGGGAGAUCAAUUACCCACCCUUAAAUAGCUAGAUUGGGGGGGGGAGGGGGGUGGAAAAGAAAGCUGUGGAGGUGUGCCCCAGCACGGCUGCUUUGAAAGGUUUAUCAUCUAUCCGUUUGGUUUAUGGAGAAAAAGAAAAUGGUAACUCAGGGUAACCAGGAGCCGACAACAACUCCUGACGCAAUGGUUCAGCCUUUUACUACCAUCCCAUUUCCACCACCUCCGCAGAAUGGAAUUCCCACAGAGUAUGGGGUGCCACACACUCAAGACUAUGCCGGCCAGACCGGUGAGCAUAACCUGACACUCUACGGAAGUACGCAAGCCCACGGGGAGCAGAGCAGCAACUCACCCAGCACACAGAAUGGAUCUCUUACGCAGACAGAAGGUGGAGCACAGACAGACGGCCAGCAGUCACAGACACAAAGUAGUGAAAAUUCAGAGAGUAAAUCUACCCCAAAACGGCUGCAUGUCUCUAAUAUUCCUUUCCGCUUCCGGGACCCUGACCUCCGGCAGAUGUUUGGGCAGUUUGGCAAAAUCCUAGAUGUAGAAAUAAUCUUUAAUGAACGUGGCUCUAAGGGAUUCGGGUUCGUAACUUUCGAGAAUAGUGCUGAUGCAGACAGGGCCAGGGAGAAAUUACACGGCACCGUGGUAGAGGGCCGUAAAAUCGAGGUGAAUAAUGCUACAGCACGUGUAAUGACCAAUAAGAAGAUGGUCACACCAUAUGCAAAUGGUUGGAAAUUAAGCCCAGUAGUUGGAGCUGUAUAUGGUCCGGAGUUAUAUGCAGCAUCCAGCUUUCAAGCAGAUGUGUCCCUAGGCAAUGAUGCAGCAGUGCCCCUAUCAGGAAGAGGGGGUAUCAACACUUACAUUCCUUUAAUCAGUCUCCCUUUAGUUCCUGGCUUCCCUUACCCUACUGCAGCCACCACGGCAGCCGCUUUCAGAGGAGCCCAUUUGAGGGGCAGAGGGCGGACAGUAUAUGGUGCAGUCCGAGCGGUACCUCCAACAGCCAUCCCCGCCUAUCCAGGUGUGGUUUACCAGGACGGAUUUUACGGUGCUGACCUCUAUAUAGAAUCUGCAAACUGCUUCAGAUCAAACAGGGUGGAUAUGCAGCCUACAGAUAUGCACAGCCUGCUACUGCAACCGCAGCCACUGCUGCUGCAGCCGCUGCAGCCGCUUACAGCGACGGUUAUGGCAGGGUGUACACAGCUGACCCCUACCACGCCCUUGCCCCUGCCGCUAGCUAUGGAGUUGGCGCUGUGGCGAGUUUAUACCGAGGUGGCUACAGCCGAUUUGCCCCCUACUGAAGUGACGUGAGACCCCUGCAAAUGGGACAGCCCCCCAGUUCAUGAGGCCUGGCUAUUGCAAUAUUUACUAGUAGAGGAACUCUAUAGCAAGAUGAAGAGGAAAAACAAACAAACAAACAAACAAAAAACACAAAAAAAGAAAGAAUACUUUUUUAUACCUCACUAUGUUCUUUGAAUAUGUAUUUUUCCUUUAAAUUUCUGCCUUUAAUUCUUUUGUUCCAAAGAUUGUGCAUUUUUUUCUUUUUUUUUUUAAACUGUGGUAAAAAAAAAAAAAAAAUAAUGCAUUUCCAUGUCUGUAUGUCCGUGCUUAGCUUAUUCUAUCAAUCACGGAAGAGGCAGUCAAGGAGGAAGGAGAGACUUAGGAGCCGAUAAAUGCAUCUGAUCAGAAAUCAGCAGACAGAAUUACCAAAGUGUAUCUGGUGCUGAAUGGCUGGGGGACAAGCAGAAGUGGAAGAGAUCUUUCUGCAACAGGAUAUUCUUCUAGUCUUCUGAGUUUCUGGUCUUUGACAGGCAAUUCUGGUUGGCUGUGGCUGGAAUCCACAUGCUGAUAGAUAGGAAUUUGUGCUUACGAAGCAGGAGAAUUAAAAAGACGCUUUCCUCUCCUCUUCCCUCCUGUCUUCUCCAUUCUUUUUACAAUCAUCUUACACGCACAGCCUGAGACAGUUGGCAUAGUUUUUGGAAUUAUAGUAUUGAUAUUUCCAAACGUGCUCUCAGACUGUGGAUAAUAAUAAACACCUCAUUAGGAAACUGAUCUCAGAAUGAACUCUGGAGUAUGAAAAAGAUCAUUUCUUUUUGUUCCUGUAACCUAGCAUUCCUUCUAGGCUUCUUCUCCUAAAUUUAAUUGAACCACAGCUUAGCUCAUGUAUUCUUUUAUUAACACCCUGCUCUCAUGUCCAUAAGAUUCAGGAAUUUAGGACCCAGGGACAGAAAAAUGAAUAAGCCAGUGACCAGAUUUCCCCCAGAUGUCUUGAGGAUUAGAAGUACAAAUCGUUCACAGCCAUUAAAGAGGGUGAGGAAGGGAAAAGGAAUAUUAGAAGAUCUGGUAUUUCUUACUUUUUUCUUGCCUCAGAAAGUAAAAGUUUAAAAAAUAGAAUAAAGAAUCUGCUGGGGAAAGAUAGAGUACCAGGUCCUAGGUCAGUAGUCCCUGGAAGUUUUGGUGAUGAGGACAUGGAAGGGCAGGCAGAGGCACUUUGCACUUGCUCCAAAGCCAUAGGAAUUUUCAUCUUCCAGAGCCUUUAUGAGUCACUUCUCUAUCCACAGUCUUGAGCCUGUGGCUAUCCCGCUGAGCUUCUCACUGUCCUCGAAAAACACCCAGCUGAGCACUCGGACCACUUUGUAUACAUUAACACUACACGACAUAAAAUGUAGAGGCCCUGAGAUUGCUGCCCUCCCGUAUUGGAAGGAGGGUCUGAAAUGGCAAGGGUCUUCUAUAUCGCCAGAAAGAGUCACGCAGUGAGUCACUGCUGUUGCCAUCUGGCUGUAAUUUUCUAUGUUAUCAAGGUAGGAGAGAGUGUUUCUCUUCUAGCUGUUAGAUAGAACUGAUAAAAGCAAGUGUCCUACAGCAUUUCCCAAAUGAAGGCAUUAGGAAAUAGAAAAGCACGGUCUUUUUGGCUCCCUGGUCUAUUCACAUUGGUACUAGGGUGACCUUUCACCCAAGGGACAGCUGCUAAAGGGAGUAAUUCAGAGACAUGGAGCUUCUGGUUUGUUAUGGGUUUGUUUUGGGUUUGUUUUGAACUCCUGCCUCCACACGUGUUCUUGACUGAUAACUGACUCAUGUCCCUGAAUUAAAAUGACUGACCUAUGACAGCAUCAAGCAUUCUUUGUAAGCAGAGUGAUAUAUCUGAGAGGACGUUGACCUGUCGUGUAGAAUACAUAUCCUUUCCCCCUUCAGAAUCCUGUCUCGCCUCAUAACUGGGAGAGAGGCUGUGCCUGAAACUAGGGGCGAUGUCAAGGAAGCUAGAGGCCUCGAUGCAAUUAUUGCUGAUUCUGGGGAGGAAGACAGAGAAUAAGGGGACACGAACUGCCCAGUCCAUUGGCCAUUUAUAAGGGUCCCCCCACCCCAAGCCAAAGUUUGGUUUGUUGCUGUUAAGACAAUUUUUGUUGUAUGUAUAUAAAUAUUUUAGUUAGAGGAGCGGGGAAUGGGAUGCGGGCUCUCACAGUUCUAGGGAAUGGGGGCAGGGAGGAUUUUGCUUUUGCUUUUGCUUUUGCUUUGAGGGAGAACUUUAGCUGACUAAAAAAACAGAAGUUUGGGGUCAUGAUCACAAAGGGGCCAUUCCCAAAAGAUGGCAAGCCACGUACUCAGUGGAGACUACGCCAAAUUCUAAAUGGUUGUAUCCAUAGCAGGGGAGAAUAGGAGAAUGAGUUUAAGAGUUUUUCUCUUCUUUUUUCCUAGAAAGAGGUAAGGAUAAUGGGAAAGGUAGAGAAGGCAGCUCCCACAGACCUUUUAAGAGAGGCAGAAUCUUGAGCUUGAGGCACCUUGAGUGCAUCUCAGUUCAGCUGGUUCUGGCUGAGGCCUCCAAAGGCAAGCUCUGUGCUUUCCAGUGGUUUCUGCUGCAUUUCCAGGGAUGGUGUUUAACACCGCUUCCUCCAGCUCCCUUUUCUAAGAAAGAAUAAAUGGAGUUCUGCUUUUUACGAAAGGGUCUUUGGUUUUCAGUGUCAACACUGAGAAUUGGGGCUCUUACAAGCAUCUGGAUUUCACAGUAUCAACCUCCCCGUCACCUUUUGAACUUUGAGACUCCAUACAGUCAAAUUCACCAGAGGCAGGUUGCUCGAAGCAGCACUGCUUGUCUGUUCCUGACUCUGGUUCUCACUGUAUUAAGAAAGAGAGUCAGAGGAGUCUGGCAUUUCAUGAGUUUGUUAGAGGAUGCUGGCUGAUAAUUCCAGAAAACUCACUGAUGCUAAAUCACAGUACAUGCAUGAUUCUUUUUCAUCUUUACUAUAGUUCAUGACCUGGACUUUCUGUACUCUUGGAAGCUGAGCUCCUUAAAGGAGGCCUCUAGUGAACACCUUUAUCUCCAUGUCCCUCUUUGAGCCCAGAGAGCUGCCCAUAGGCAUUUUCCAGAAUUCCUCAUGUCACUUAGUUCAAUUUCCAUUAACUCAGAUCAGCCAUUGUGAUUCACCAUUUGUCAGGCUCUCAGGUUUAACAAAACCUACUAUCACCGUCAUCCUCCAACAGCCACGGUCUGAAUUGAGCCAACCUUUUUUUUUUUUCUUUGAGAAAGAAGUGGACUGGGGCACAACUUUUAGUCUGAGGGGAGCUAGUGGAAAUCUAGACAACAGAAGUCAUCAAUAGCAGCUUUUCCUCAAAUGUGUGACUCCUCAGGGGCUGAACUGCUUUUAGCUUAGAAUUAUACUUUACUAGAGAUCUAGCAGAUAAGUGGGUUAAUCACUACCAUCCUGUAACUAGUUAUAUAGCUUCCAGACAUGAGGGAGACAUCAAACAGGGAUGGAAGCAACCCCAAGGAUAUGCAAGAAGGGCAUGAUGAACCCCCUUCCCUCUGGCAGGAGAACAAGGCCAACCAAGGGACAGACUGGAAAGCACUUAGAUGUUUAAGGAGGGGAAAGGGGAAACUUUGACAAGUCCUCCCCUUUUGCCAAGUUCAGCCAGUUCUCUGCUGCUUGCAACCCUCUAGCACAGUAACAUUUGCAGAAUUGCAGAUUUUUCCCCCAGAUACUAGGAGGAAAGGGACUUUGGGGGGUGGGGAAGGGGUCAUGGUGUUUUAAAAGCAUAAGUUACCUGUUUGCACUGUUUUAAGAUAGGAAAAAAAUAGUGGACAAGGUGAACAUCAGACGUAAAUUUGUGUGUUUUCAUUUUGUCAUGCUCUUGAAAAUGUUUGACCAUUUGUAGUAUACACAGUGAAACUUGAUUCUCUGUUGCAUAAAACACUAUAUUUUUUUUGGAAAUGUUACUGUCCAAAAGCCUCUUCCCUCCCUUUCCUUUUCCUGUGUACUUCCUUCAUACUUGCUUUACUGAUCAGCCAGGCAGUAGCCAUCCAAGAGCUAGAGCAUGAAACAGGGCCCUUUCCAAGUAGGCUCUGGGUGUCCUAAGCCAGCGUGUGCCCUCUGGUUUAGUGAGUGUAAUAGAGUCCCUGGCACCUUUCUUUGCAAAUAAGGCUUACAGACCGGACUGCAGCAAGUUAUCAGAUUCCUCAAUCAGAUGCACUAGGAGUGAGGAGCCCAGGGAUGGAGGGGGUUCCUGAAGUAUUGCGGUUGGCUGUAGUAGCUGAGUUCUUUUCCAUGUUACCGAAACUGUAGCCAGUUACAGUUUACUCAGGAAAACGGUAGAUCAAUUCAGCCAUGGUAGUGCUGGUUGGCAGGGAUUGGUAACGGAGAGAACUGCUCAUCAGCCAAAACUCAAGCCUUGCCUUUUAGGAGGCCACCAGCAGAGGGACUUGGUCCUCCUUGUCUGGUACUUGUGUACAUGCCGGUGACCUGAGGACUCCACUCACACUGGCGAGCAAAAAGGGAACAGUGAUUCUCUUUUCUCUCCCCACCCCCUGCCCUUUGUUACCAACACCAGUUUCCCAGGGGGUACAUGAGUUUUUGAAUUUUUAAAAAAUGUUUUUUGGUUUGGUUUUUCCGGGGACUGAUACGUGCUUUAAGCAAUGUCCAUACCCCGUCAAGACUCCCAGCUUAGUCAUUUUCUUGUAUUUUUCUGUUCACAGUAUUUGUGUGUGUGCUUGUUUUGGCAGCUCAUUUUGGCUGUAUUAUAUAUCGAGUGAUGAAUUGAUCCUCUUUUUUCCCUAAGGGAUAUGAAUUGUUUUUCUUGUGUUAUAUUCUGCUUGUGAAUAGCUGGAGCAAACCUGGGGCUGACACACGUAAGCUAGGGCUGCAAAGCGAGAAGAGAGCCGGUGGAGUGUACUUGUCCCUGACAGGCUGACCUACCUGAGUCUCUGAGCUUUUCAGUCCAAAUCUUUGCAAGGCUCAAAAUGCCACAGAACCUCUCCUCUUCUCCCCACUCCCCAUGGCAGGGACCGGACCAUCCCUACAUGCAACAUGCUGUUCCUCCAGCCCCUCCCAUUGCCGUGGCAAAACAGGUACCUUUGGGGCAUGGAGGCAUUACAUGGGAUGCUUGUGUAAUCGACCACCUAGCCUUCUCUCUCCCCUCCCGUCCUCCCCCAGAAUCACUUCCUAGGACACCCGAGCUGCUUGCCCAGGGUCCUGUUUCCCUGCUAACUCCAGAGAAGCAUCCCAGGGCUUUGUGACAGUCUCUAAUUCCCUUCCCUUCUCGUUAAGAAUCAUAUUGUAUAGUAGCUUUCAGACCAUACAGUAUUCAUUGGGUUACUCCUAUUAUUAUCAAGUAGCUGGAAUUGUGAAGGUCGGAGUAGUUAGAUCUUUAGCUUUUAUUCCUUAUUUUUUUGUAUUACUCUCCAUGUGUAUAAAUUAUUGAUCAUGUUGCUGGCUUUUAUAAACUCUAAGCAAAGGAGGAGCACUGCCUCAGCCUUUGCACAUGGUAAUGAAGCACUGUUUUUAAAUAAAAGAGAGAAACACCA